AUGGCGACCACGACAACCAAACACGUCGUUCUCUUCCCCUUCCCUGGUCAGGGCCACCACGCAAGCUUCCUCGCCAUCGCCCGCCUCCUCGCCCGUGAGCUCCCGGACGCCGCCAUCACGCUCGUCUCCACUCCACGCAACGUCGCCGCCCUGCGCUCCUCCUCGUCGGCCACCACUAUCUCUAUCGGCUUCCACGCUCUGCCGUUCGUCCCGGCCGACCACGGCCUGCCCGUCGGCUGCGAGUCAACCAGCUCCCUCCCGUUGCCAUCGUUCGUCACGCUCUUCGAGGCCUUGGAGUCCCUGGAGCCCGCCUUCGACGACUACGUGUCGGGCCUCCGCGGACAGAGCGGCGGCGAGGCGGACAUCUGCAUCGUCGCCGAUGUGUUCGUCGCGUGGACGGUGGGCGUCGCGCGGCGGCACGGGUGCGCGCACGCGGUCUUUGUCUCCUGCGGCGCGUUCGGGACGGCCAUCUUUCACGCCCUGUGGAACCUCAUGCCGGCGCUGCCUUUCGGCUCCGACGGCUUGCUCCGCCUGCCAGAGUACCCGGACGUGGUGCUCCACCGGUCGCAGCUGUCGCCCGUCUUCCUCCUCCACGCCGAGUUGAGCGACCGGUGGACGGCGUUCUACCAGCGGGCCAUACGGCACGGGUAUCGCACGGACGCGGUGCUCGCCAACACCGUGGAGGAGUUCGAGAGCACGGGGCUGACAAUGAUGCGCCGUGCUGCCGGCAAGGUUCCGGUCAGGCCCAUCGGCCCUCUCGUCCGCUGCGGCAACGACUCAAGCAUGGACGAGACCGACGGCGGCGGCGUUCUCCGGUGGCUGGACACGCAUCCUCAGUCGUCCGUCUUGUACAUUUCUUUCGGGUCACAGAACACCAUACAAGCCAAGCAGAUGACGGAGCUCGCCGCAGCGCUGGAAACCACCGGCCGGCCGUUCGUCUGGGCGAUCCGGCCGCCCGUGGGGUUCGACGUCGCCGGCGCGUUCCGCGACGAGUGGCUACCCGAGGGGUUCGAGGCGCGGGCGCGCGCCGAGAACAGAGGCCUCGUCGUGCGCGGGUGGGCGCCGCAGGUGCGGAUCCUGGCGCACGCCGCCACGCGCGCGUUCCUCAGCCACUGCGGGUGGAACUCGGUGCUGGAGAGCCUGACGCACGGCGUGCCCAUCCUCGGGUGGCCCAUAGCUGCGGAGCAGUUCUACAACGCGCGGAUGCUGGCGGAGGAGUGGGGGGUGUGCGCGGAGGUGGCGCGCGGGAACCUGGAGAGCUCGGCCGUGGAGAGGUCCAAGGUGGCCGAGGCCGUGGAGACGGUGAUGGCGGACACCGUGGCGUCGGCGGCCAUGCGGCGGCGGGUCAAGGAGGUCCAGGAGGUGUUGACGAGUGCCUGGCGGCAGGACGAGGGAUCGUCUGCGACGGCGCUGCACGAGUUCUUAAGAGCCAUGAACCUGCAAUGA